AUGGUGGGGUUCUACGAAGACCUGGUCGCCAGCGUUGAAGGGCAUUCGCUGAAGCGAGACACGAUCUUGUCGGGAGGCGACGGGCGGUUUCACGAUGCGGCGGCGGGGAUUCUGCAGAGGAGGGAGGAUGAGAGGGGGAGUCUGUGCUGUCGAUCGCCGAUGCCGUGUCUCCUGGUCAGAAACCGAAAGCUUUCCUUUUGCUGGGACCGCUUCACCACCAAUUACUACCUCCCCGACGGCUCCCACGGCUCCAUCACAUCGGGAGUCUACACCACCCCGUCCCGCGACACCGUCAACCUCAUCCUCGGCAACUUCACCCUCGCGUCCGGCUCCACAGGGAACAUCUACUCCUCCUCCCCCGACUCCAAGCCCAAUCUGAGCACGCUACACCUCCCCAGCCAGUUCACCGCCAAGGGGGACGGCACUGCGAUUCCGGGAAGUGAGCUGGGUGCGCCCGCGGGGACUGCAACGACGCCUGGAGCCGGCGGGCCCGGUCCGACGGUGACGGUGACGGUUGGCGGCGGUGCUGCGGCGUCAGCGACAAAGACGGCGGACGCGGUGCCAAUAAGGACCGGACAGUCGGGUUUAAUAUCGAUACUAUUCGGCGCACUGGUUGCGUUGGUUGCAUGA